AUGCUGAGCGUUACGUUGCUGGUGGCAAUUUCCCCUUUCUUGUUGGGCACAUUUGCUCUGCAGAAACCUCUUCAUCAGACUGAUUGUUGCAAAGUGCUCCAAGAGGCUGGCAUCAAACAUGUCCUUCUCCCUGGCAACGCGACUUACUCCAAGCGGGUCCAAUCUUACUGGUCACUGACAUCCCAAUUGACGCCCAGCUGCUUCGUACAGCCAGAGAAUACCGAGGAAGUGUCGGCCAUUGUCAAGUCUCUGGUCGAGAAGACAAAGUGCGAGUUCUCCAUUCGUAGCGGAGGACACUCAUCCAAUGCUUGUGCCAACAACAUCGAGGAAGGGGUCACGAUUGACUUUGGACGUAUGAAUGGCACCAGCUACGAUUCCGCCACGAAGAUUGCUUCGAUACAACCAGCAGCAAGAUGGCUCAGGGUGUACCGCACCUUUGACGCCCUUGAUAGGGGUAUUCAGGGUGGUGGCAUUGGCUCAGUGGGCGCAGGAGGUCUUCUCUUGGGCGGUGGCUUCGCCAAUUACCUUUACCAGCGCGGGCUCGCCACCGACGAUAUUGUCAACUUCGAGGUUGUCCUCGCCAACGGCAGCGUUGUCCAAGCGAAUGCAACAAGCAACAAAGAUCUCUGGCGAACGCUCAAAGGCGGUGGAAGUGGAUUCGGUGUCGUCACACGUUACGAUAUGGAGACUUUCGAUCGACUUCCGAUUUGGUCCGCUUCUCGACAGUACAACUCUAGCGCGGAGACCGAUGAGGCACACAUUCUUGGCCUGAAGCACUGGACCGACAAUCCGGAUGCCUUGCCAAGCAACUAUGCAUAUAUCUGGUGGACCUAUCGCCCAGCUAUCAGCCAGACGAUCAUAAUUGCAGAGAUGGGCGAUACGAAAAGCCAGGCUAAUCCUCCAGCAGUUCAAGAAUUUCUCGCCAUACCUGAUUACAUCUCUUCGAAUACCGGUCUUACCAAUAUGUCCACUUCGGCUCAAGCUACCCAGGCUGAAGGAUACCGGAACAUCUGGUUCACCGUGACGUUCAAGAACGACGAGCGUGUGAUCCGGAAAGCUGUCGAUCUCCACCGCAGACUCGUCGAAGACAUGAAGAGGGAUUCAAGCGACGGUGACUUCGAAACGCAAGCCUAUUUCCAGCCGCUUCCGUCUAUCGUCGGCCAGCGUGGCGCGGAGAAAGGCGGAAACACACUUGGCAUCGACAAACUCAAAGACAACGCCAUUGUCUUGCUUGGGUCUCUAGCUGUCAAUGGAAUCGACCAAGAAGCCAUGGGACGACAGAAGAUGCUGGCAUGGAGGCGUACCUUGGAGAAGUAUAGUGACGAUGUUGGUGCCGCUGUGGACUAUCGGUACAUGAACUAUGCCGAUGCUUCGCAGGAUGUGUUGGCGAGCUAUGGCGAGGAUAACCUCAAGACUAUGCUUGAGGUGUCGAGGAAGUAUGAUCCAGAGGGGGUGUUUCAGACACGAGCACCUGGUGGUUACAAGUUGCCUUGGGACUAUCGCAAAUCGCCAGCUGGAUUUUAG